CCACAUCACAAUUCACCCUCAUCCCCUUCACCAACCCCCACAGACUAAUCUAGCACACCCCUGGCUCUCUAAAUAUCCCCUAGCACACCCAUAUGCCACGGAUGCACGCCUCAAACAUACCUUACCAACAUGCCACAUAAAUUUUCCACGGUUCGAAAAGGGUCGUUCCGUCCUCCUCGAGUUGGUUGCUCUUUCCUCAGUUAAGGGGUCGCUCUUUCCCGUUUUACACGGUCGCUCCUUCCUUAGUUAAUGGGGCCGCUCCUUCCUUCUCGUAUCGAUCGUUCGAACCACCAGGAUGGGACCUUGAAAGCGGGGUUAGAGGAGAAGAACUCAUGAUUAUGAUGAGAAUGUGUUGUUUGUGAAGCCAGAUCAAAGGCUGGGAUUAUACGAGUAGUUAUAGGCACCAGGAUGCACUCUCACAUACCAUGGGCGCCUAUUUCCGACAAUGUGUUGGAAAUACAAUCUUGCACGCGACUAAGUACUGGAAACAUUGCACUCAUUAUCUGAGAUUAAAACUUGUAUUCUAACCAACAUUUAUAUAGUAUGUGGUGCACACCCGUGCACACUCGUACACACAUUACAGCGGAAAUGCGCAGAUGUGCGUGUGCUGAGUCGAGAUAGUCGGCACGUCCUUUUGUUAGUUCUCCAAAAUGAUCCAUAGAGCGUCGUGGCGCGAACGAAGCGAACAGCUACAAACCAUGCAACCCUGGGGAACCACCCAAACCUUAAAUCCUCUCUUUAACGACAACUUUCAUGAUCACAACGGCUUCAAUUCGCGACAUAUGAUACCCAGGAGUAACAGAUACAUGCUGUAGAUGUGCUGCAAGCCAGCUUCUCCAUUAUAAUUCUUACAGGAUGAAUGGCCCCGUCACAGCCUCGUCCCUAGAUGCAGCCGACUACGACCCAAUUGACGAUCUCAACACCAUCUUCUCCCAUCCCUCAACCCUCAGCUCCGUCGGUGCCGUCGGCGCCGCCCUCCAAACCCGCCAAGAUGCCCUCGACACCUCCAUAAACGCCUUAACAGGCACCCUCGCCGCCCCCCGCGCCUCCUCCUCCCUCGACCGCAUGUCCUCCGCCAAAACCGAACUCGACCAGCUCUUCCGCAAGAUCGAGUCAGUCCGCAGCCGCGCCCUCGAGACCGAGCAUACAAUCACCAGCAUGACAGCCGACAUCAAGCGACUCGACCACACCAAGCGGAACCUGACGCUCUCCAUGACAGCGCUGAAGCGGCUACAGAUGCUGACCACAGCAUACGAGCAGCUGCGCGGCCUGGCGAAGAGCAGGCAGUACCGCGAGUGUGCGGGCCUGCUGCAGGCGGUGCUGCAGCUCAUGGCGCACUUCCGGAGCUAUCGCAGUAUCGACCAGAUCGCGACGCUGAGUCGGAAUGUGGCGGAUCUGCAGCGGGAGUUGGGGGAGCAGGUGUGUGAGGACUUUGAGAUGGCGUUUGCGAAGGGGGAGGUGGGUGGGAAGAGGGGGAUGUUGAAGGAGGCGUGUUUGGUUAUGGAUGCGCUUGGGGAUACGGCGAGGGCGAGGUUGAUUACGUGGUAUUGCAAUACGAUGCUGAGAGAGUAUAGGCAGGUCUUUAGGGGGAAUGAUGAGGCGGGAAGUCUGGAUAAUAUUGGGAGGCGAUAUAGUUGGUUCAAGAGGAUGUGGAAGACCUACGAUGACGAGCAUGCGGCUAUCUUCCCCCUCAGCUGGAGAGUCAACGAGAUGCUCGCGAACGCCUUCUGCGAAGGGACCAGAGAAGACUACAAAGCGAUCCUCGAGAAAAGCACAAGGCGCACAGACGGCAACACCCUCGACGUCAGCCUCCUCCUCCGCUGCCUCCAGGAAACCCUCGACUUCGAGCACAGCCUCGAAGCCAAGUUCGCCAGCGACCCCCGCGCCUCCCUCGACACCCUCAACUCCGAAGAGCGCGCACACACCUUCGACGGCUCCAUCUCCCAGGCCUUUGAGCCCUAUCUCAGCCUGUGGGUCGAGUCGCGCGACAAGCAACUCGCUUCCAUGAUCCCUACAUACCGCAAUCAGCCCCCCUUAGCCGAGGACGAGGAGUUCCACGCCCACUCCGUCCUCGCGUCAUCCAUUGAGCUGUUCCACUUCUACAAAGUCACCCUCGCGCAGUGCGCCAAGCUAUCCACCAGCGACCGCCUCCUCGACCUCUCUCGCACAUUCGCAAAGUACCUCGACGAAUACGCCCACGCCGUCCUCCUCCCCAUGCUCUCCCGCUCCUCGCCCGCCCCCCCCAACCUCAACGACGCGAUCCUCGUCCUCAACACAGCAGACUACUGGCACACCAACAGCACGCAACUAGCCGACACCCUGCGCCGUCGCAUCGACGCCGAUCUCGCCCCUAAAGUCGACUUCGCGCCGCAGGCAGACACAUUCAUGGGCGUCGCCUCAGCGGCACUAGUUGCGCUAGCUAGACGUGUGGAUGCUGCCGCGGAGCCGGCGUGGAGGGAGAUGCGGAAUACGAAUUGGAGCCGUAUGGAGAGCGUGGGGGAUCAAUCGAGUUAUGUGGGUGAGCUUGUGAGGAGGGUGGAGGCGAGUGCGGGGGAGACGUUGGCGCUGUUGCAGAAACCGGGGUAUGCGAGGGCGUUUGCGGAUAAGGUUGUUGAGGGGGUGGUGCAGGCUUAUGUGGGGACUAUUGUUGCUUGUCGGCCGAUUUCUGAGGUGGGAGCUGAGCAGCUACUCCUCGACAAAUACGUCCUAACAUCCUCCCUCACCUCCCUCCUCCCCCCCAACCCCUCCUUCCAAAAACGCGUCGCCCUCUCCCUCGCCCGCCUCGACCCCCUCCUCAAAACCCUCCAAGUGCGCCCCUCCCCCCCCGAAGCCCUCGUGCAAGCAUACCUAAUCCACAUCCACGACCGUUCCGACUCCAAUUUCCGCAAAGUCCUAGAUCUGAAGGGCGUCCGGCGUUCCGAAAUCGGGUCGUUGAUCGAGUUAUUCGGCGUCCAUAGAGCGAGUGCGAAGGACGAUGAUGGGGGAGGGGGAUUGGUGGAUGUUGACCCCUUCCUGGGGGGACUGAGUCUGGUGGCUGUCCAAACGCCGCCGAAUGCGCAGGCGGCGGCGGCGGCGGCGUUUGGGGAGAAGAUACUGGGGGUGGCGAGGGAGGGGGUGGGGAUUGGGGAGGAGGGGGAGGGGAAUUUGAGGGGGAUUGGGAAGUUUUUUAGGAGGGAUAUUAGUGCGUUUGGGGGACGGUUUGGGAGGGGGGGUGGGGAGGGGGAGGGGAAGUGA